AUGAUUCUUUGUGGAAGAACCAUAGAGUCCAUAUCUACUCUAUCAUCAAGGGCCAAACGAAUUGAAUUAAAGAAAAUGGAUCCCUUUGAUUCAAUUCCUCAGUGGCUUGAAGUGCUUCUAGGUGAGAAGUUCUUCAAUACAUGUCUGGUUCACGAAUAUGUGAAGAAAAAUGAACAGAACUCGUUUUGCUUGGACUGUUGCAUUAGUCUAUGCACUCACUGCUUGCCUUCUCACCAAUGUCAUCGUCUUCUACAGAUCAGAAGAUACGUUUAUCAAGAUGUUUUGCGCUUGAAAGAUGCAGACAAGCUGAUCGAUUGCUCAUUUGUUCAAGUUAAGUCAAGCUUUUACAUUUCAUACACAACAAACAGUGCAAAAGUGGUGUUCUUGAACCGAAGGCCAAUAACAAGGCAUUUCAAAACCUCAGGCAACUUCUGUGUCAUAUGUGACAGAAAUCUCCAAGAGCCUUACCUCUUCUGCUCUAUCUCUUGCAAGGUACAUUACAUGGCCUGCAACUUAAAUAAACAACACCUAUCCAAUCAUGAUGCUUUGUUACAUCUUGAAGAUGAUCAAAUGACACAAGAUUCAGUUCCUGAAUUGCCUAUUUCGCUCAGAACUUCAUCUGGUUCACGUUCAAAUGAUGCUACAAACUCUAAGGCGACAACUGAAUCUGUAAAAAGGAAACGCAGCAACACUUUGGUUUCUCCAAAUAGCCACCGGUUAAUAUCCUUAUGUUCAUCUGAAAUGACAUUGGCUAUGAAUAGGCGAAAGGGUGUGCCCCAUAGGUCCCCAUUAUGUUAG